AUGACAAGUCGUGCAAUCGGUCCUCUUCUCCACUCCUCUCCAUCAUCGGAGCAUCCCUUUCAUAUCUCAUCAUCAAAUCCUUUCGAAAUAUUAGAAAGUGUACGAGCAGAAUUUAGAAAGAAACGAGCAGGCGGUCGAAAAUUAUUUAAAGGAUUAAAUUAUGAUCUCGACAUUACAUACAUCACCUCAAGAAUUAUUGUCAUGUCCAUUCCGACUGAAGAUUGGUUUAUUGGCUAUUUCCGAAAUGAUGCGACUCUUGUUCAUCAAUUUUUACAAGAAAUGCAUGGAAGCAAUCAUUACAUGAUUUUCAAUUGUUCGGAAUUUCGUUACGAUAAAACAGUAUUUUGUGGAAAUGUAAUUGAUUGGAAUUUUCCAGAUCACUAUAAUCCACCAUUGGAAAUGAUGAUGAGUGGUUGUCGUUGUAUUCAUGAGUGGUUGUUGCGUGAUGAGAACAAUGUAGCACUGAUUCAUUGUGCAGGAGGAAAGGGAAGAAGUGGAACGUUAAUUUGUGCCUAUUUAUUGUAUUGCUCCAUGUUUCAUGAUGCCAUUGAUUCAUUGAAUUAUUUUGCCUUGAAAAGAUUUGAACGGCCUAUCAAUCCAUUUACAUCAUGUCAAAAUGGAGGAAUUAAUUCACCGUCACAAGUUCGAUACAUUUCGUAUAUUCAACAUUUGAAAGAAGUAAAAGUUGAAGAGAGAAGAAGGGCAUAUCAUUCAACAACAGUUCCAAAUUCUCUAUUAUUUAAUGAAACUAUUUUUGGAGAUAAUGAGUUCUUAAGAAUGCAUGGUUACAUACCGUACAAUCGAGUUGUGUCGAUCGAGCAGAUCAACAUUUACAGCUUGUCACCAUCCAUUGUGGAAAGUAUUGAACAAGAUUUAUUUGAGUUGGAAAUUGGACAUUUGUCGAUUCAGAAAAUAGAAAAUCCAACCAUUGAAAAUUCCAUGAGAAGCACACUGAACGUCAAUGAUUGCGAAGUCACAAAAAUAAUGGAUGUUAUCAUUGGAAGUGAAAAUUGUAAUUUGAGAAGAGAAGAAAAUUUCGCCAGCUUUACCAUUCCACAAGCCAUUCCACUUUCAGGCGAUAUUAUUAUCAUUUUUGGAAUUAAACAUUCACAAACUUACAAGAGAAAAGAAAUUGGAAGAAUUGGAAUUCACACUGCAUUUCUCCCUCAAAAUAUUGUCAAACUCUCAAAACUUGAAAUUGAUGGAGUUCACAGAAAGGACAUUGUGAGCCAAGAUUUUAGAGCUGAAAUCAUUUUCAAGAAGGAAGUCUUUUCAAAUCAUGAUGACAACAACAACCACUCAACAUUAAUCGAUCAACAGCGAUCCAUCCUUUCACACACUCUCACAAGAUCAGAGCUCUUCUCAUUCCACGCAUGCAUCACACCUCCCAGCAAUCACUUUGCUUUUAUUUAUUCCCACCAUCAUGCACUUCCUUAUCAUCGAUAUGCAAACAGUGUCAUGCUCGAAAAAGCCCUCCAAGAGAAUCCAAGUCUUUCGCACCAACUUCCUCCUUCCGUACUCUUUUCGAAUCAAUACAUUCAUCCACGGGAUAUGCGUUUGAAAGUGAAAUUGUCGGCUCAACACAAUGAACAAGAUGUGGCCCAAGGCAAGUUUAUUUCUGUCACCAUUACGAUCGGAUAG